CUCCCAGGAAAUCCACACGUGACUGGAAGGGUCGCAUUCCACUCUUAGGAAUGCACGCUUGCCUCCUUCCACAAUGGACGAUAUUGAAGCUGAAACAAAUGGAGAGGCUAUCAGAAUGCAGGAGCUGUCAGAAGGAAAGAGCCCAGAUCUUUACUUUCAAGAUGGGAGACGCUGUAUUGACUUCAUUUUGGCAUGGAAAAUGGAUGACCAGCACCUGCAACUGCAUCAUGUCCAGAGGAGGGAAGUGUUUGAAAAAAACCUGGAGGAAGAGGGACUUGAGCUGGAAUUUGAAGACAAUGUGGAGAGUCAACUGCGUUUCAUCAAAGUUCAUGCACCAUGGGAAGUGCUUACUCGAUAUGCAGAGAUUCUCAAACUCAAGAUGCCCAUGAGAGAGUUGAGGGGCAUGGACUAUGAGAUCAUGCAUCCCCAUGCAGUGGUGAAAGAGGUGGAAGGAUGGCUCUCAUCUUGUCUGCGUGUUUUUCAGUUAGAUGAAUACCUCUUCCCACCACAAGAGAAGACCUUCACUGCCACAUACAGUAGAGACAAGGAAUACCUGUUUAACAUGAAAGAAGACAUCUUCACUUCAUCAAUGAGGAGUCGCAUUGUGGACUUCAUCCUGUGUAGGAAACAUUUCCGUGUAGAAACAAAAGCUUGUGAAAUGUCUUUUGGAGUCCAGAAAUUGCUCAUGGAUCGAACAUAUGAUGCUGCCUACCCACUACAUGAUGGUGAUCUGGUGAGUGAAGGGUCCAUAAGACACCUUCUGAGAACAGAAUGGGGCUCACUCCGCAAAUUGCACAAGUGCCAACCUUUAGAAUGCAUCAAAGAUUACUAUGGAGUCAAGAUCUCCCUAUACUUUGCAUGGUUGGGAUUCUACACUUACAUGCUCAUCCCUGCCUCCAUUGUUGGCCUCAUUUGCUUCCUCUAUGGGUGCUUCUCACUCUAUUCAAAUGAGCCAAGUGAAGACAUCUGUAAUCAACAUCUGAACAUAACUAUGUGUCCAAUUUGUGAUCACUUGUGUGACUUCUGGCACUUGGAAGAGACUUGUCUUCAUGCCAGGAUUACCUACCUGUUUGAUAAUCCAGCUACCCUCUUCUUUGCUAUCUUCAUGUCCUUCUGGUCUGCAAUGUUCCUUGAGUUCUGGAAGCGCUACAGUGCUGAGAUCUCACAUCAAUGGGACCUGACAGGAUUUGACAUUCGAGAAGAGCAUCCUCGACCUGAGUAUUUGGCUCGCCUGUCAUCCAUGCAGGAGCAGCGUCUCAACUAUGUGACAAAAAUGCUGGAGCCUCAUGUCUCCUUUUGGAAGAUGAAGGUCCCUGGCCUUUUUAUCAGCUGCAUUUCCAUCCUGUUACUUAUAUCAUUAGCUCUAGUGGCAGUGAUGGCUGUGAUUCUGUAUCGCAUGUCCAUGGUAGCUGCCUUGAGUUUGCAUGGCGAUUCUUAUGUGACAUCAUAUGCCAUGCUCAUCACUACUACUACUGCUGCUUCCAUCAACCUCUGCUGUAUCCUUGUCUUCAACCAGCUUUACAACCGGUUGGCCACCUACUUGACAGAAUUAGAAUUGCCAAGGACACAAUCAGAAUUUGAUGAUAGCCUGACCCUGAAGAUCUAUCUCCUGCAGUUUGUCAAUUAUUAUGCAUCCAUCUUUUAUAUUGCAUUUUUCAAAGGGAGUUUCAUUGGAUAUCCAGGAUCAUACAAACGAUUGUUUGGUUUCCGUCAGGAAGAGUGUGGUCCUGGAGGAUGUUUGAUGGAAUUGUGUAUCCAGUUAGGAAUCAUAAUGGUUGGGAAACAAGCAAUGAACACAGUUCUGGAGAUGUUUUGGCCGAUUUUCUUCAAGUGGCUGCAGUUAAUUCAACUGGGAGUCAAAGAAGUUGCAUCCCAUCUUCCUUCUACACGUUGGGGAAAAGACUACAAACUUGUGGAUUUUGGGACUCAGGGCCUUUUUAAUGAGUACUGUGAGAUGGUUUUGCAGUUUGGAUUUGUGACCAUAUUUGUGGCUGCAUUCCCCCUGGCCCCAUUGUUUGCCCUCAUCAACAACAUCUUUGAAAUGCGAUUGGAUGCUCGCAAGCUCCUGACAUACUACAGGCGUCCUGUGGCACAGCGAGUCAUUGAUAUUGGCAUCUGGUAUACCAUCUUGGAGUCAGUGGGGAAACUUGCAGUUCUCACCAAUGCCUUCAUCAUUGCAUUUACUUCAAAUUUCAUCCCACGUAUUGUGUAUCGGAUGAAUGUGAGUCCAGAUGAUUCGUUAAAGGGGUUUCUCAAUCAUUCCUUGGCAUACUUCAAUGUCAGUGACUUCCCACCAGAGUAUGCUCCACAAGUCUCUGGCCACAGUGUCUGCAGGUAUCCUGAUUAUAGAGAACCCUACUGGAGGGAGGACAAAUACAAUCCAACAUCCAUGUUUUGGCAUGUAUUGGCUGCCAGGCUCGCAUUUGUUGUUGUUUUUCAAAAUCUUGUGUUUGGGUUGAUCAAUGUCAUUCGUUGGAUUAUACCUGACACCCCUGGGAAGCUGAAAGACAAGAUCCGCCGAGAGGCAUAUUUGACCAAUGAGAUAAUUAUGGAACAAGAGCUCUUGCGCUCUAAGACUAGCCGCUGGACUGGAGCAUUUGGAAAAUGGGCUGGUCAAGGGAAUGACAAGGAUCCUCUUCCAACUCACAGGACCCAAAAGCCUGCAUCACCUGGUGGAGCAGGAGAUUUCUCAUCUGAAAUACAGUACCCCAGGCUUCAUGUGAUGGAUAAGGAGGACCAGGCUGCAUCUCAUUACUAUCUCUUUGUGUGUCCUUGA